UUUCUUUUAUAGAUUCUGAGAGACGCGCUGCAAUAGUCGGCUACUCGGCUCUACCCCCAUCAACCUCACCUCCACCAUGAACAGAUGAACUCACUCACCUCCAUCCUCUAGGGUUUCUCUCUGUCUCUCUAACUCACUCUCCCCAAAAGACACAGCUGAACAAAAAUUCAUAAGACAAUGGAAUAUAGAAUUCUAGAUCUAGCCCACAAAUAGAAAAAAAAAAAAAAAAAAAACAAAGCAUUUUUGCUUCCCCACCCUCACACACCCAAUUUCUGUAAUCUUAAGACAAACACAGAGAGAGAGUGAGAGAUGGGGCAACAAGAGAACGUAGUAGCUCAGAAGAGAAGCAGCGGCGGCGGAGCUGGUGGGCUGCCGACAACCGCCGCAUCUAACGGCAGGGGGCGCACGCUGGUGCCACGUGGCAGGCAGCUCCACAAGACCUUCAACAACAUAAAGAUCACCAUCCUCUGCGGCUUCGUCACCAUCCUGGUCCUCCGCGGCACCAUCGGCAUCGGCCACCUCGGUUCCUCCGAUGCCGACGCCGUCAACCAGAACAUCAUCGAGGAGACCAACCGAAUCCUCGCCGAGAUCCGCUCCGACUCCGACCCCUCCGACCCCGACGGUCCCGAGCUGUUCUUCAACCCCAACGAUACCUACACUCUCGGACCCAAAAUCUCCGACUGGGACAGCGAGCGCAAGGCCUGGUUACACCAGAACCCCGAGUUCCCUAGCUACGUUAACGGUAAGCCUCGUAUGUUGCUUGUAACUGGGUCUCCUCCUAAACCUUGUGAUAACCCAAUUGGUGACCAUUACUUGUUGAAAGCUAUUAAGAAUAAGAUUGACUAUUGUAGACUUCAUGGGAUUGAGAUAGUGUACAAUUUGGCUCAUUUGGAUAAGGAACUAGCUGGGUACUGGGCCAAAUUGCCGUUGAUUCGUCGGUUGAUGCUGUCGCAUCCUGAGGUGGAGUGGAUUUGGUGGAUGGAUAGCGAUGCGCUCUUCACCGACAUGGUUUUUGAGAUUCCAGUUUCCAAGUAUGAUGGUUAUAAUUUGGUUAUUCAUGGUUACCCCGAUUUAAUGUUUGAGCAGAAGAGUUGGAUUGCGUUGAAUACGGGUAGUUUCCUGUUUAGGAAUUGUCAGUGGUCUUUGGAUUUGCUUGACGAUUGGGCGCCAAUGGGGCCAAAAGGGCCAGUUCGGGAGGAGGCCGGGAAGAUUUUGACGGCAAAUUUGAAGGGGAGGCCGGCAUUCGAGGCGGAUGAUCAGUCGGCGUUGAUAUACUUGUUACUUUCAAAGAAGGAUCAGUGGAUGGACAAGGUGUUUAUUGAGAAUUCGUAUUAUUUGCAUGGGUAUUGGGCGGGAUUGGUGGAUAGAUACGAGGAGAUGAUUGAGAAGUAUCAUCCGGGAUUGGGGGAUGAGAGGUGGCCGUUCGUGACCCAUUUUGUUGGUUGCAAGCCUUGUGGGAGCUACGGGGAUUACCCGGUUGCGAGGUGCUUGAGCAGCAUGGAGAGGGCAUUUAAUUUUGCCGAUAACCAGGUGCUUAAGCUGUAUGGGUUUAGGCAUAGGGGAUUGUUGAGUCCUAAGAUCAAGAGGAUCAGGAAUGAGACAGUCAGUCCUUUGGAAUCUGUGGACCAGUUUGACAUCCGGCGGCACACAGUGCAAGGGAGCAUUGAAUCCAAGAGCUAGAGAGUAAAAAAAAGGUCUUCAAUGUGUGAUAAUGUUUAGGUAAUGAUAUAUAAUUCCUCAGUCUAAAGCAAAUUUAAAUUUGAUAACAGUUUCCAUUUAAGUUUUUGUUUUUUUUUGUUUGUUAUGUUGUCUUGGUACCGUUUUGAGGAACCAUAGAGUAGAAUUCUUUUGUAGACUUCAAUUCUUGCUGUUGUGUUUGAGUAAUCCAUAAAAGCAAUUUUACUUUUGAUUUGCACUGUA